CGCUCUACAAGAUACGGUCCCACCGACUGUGGUGCUUGGCAACCCAUAUAAAACGUGAUGACGUCUUCCUCACUGAGCGUAUUAUGGGAUGUGUGGAAUUAAACAGCGAGGGCAGUAGAAAGAAAACAAUAUAUAGCKUAUAAACGAGGUUGAAGUAAACAUGGAGCUAUCGGCUGUUGGAGAGCGUGUCUUCGCUGCGGAGUCCAUCAACAAACAACGCAUAAGAAGAGGUCGAAUGGAAUACCUUGUGAAAUGGAAGGGCUGGUCUAAAAAUGGUUUGGCGCGUGAGGCUGAGGCUAACUCGCGGACUGUGCAGCAGGUGCGGCUGCGUUGCACGGAGGGUUCGGUGGAGUGGGUCUACCCGGGCCAGGCGCUUCGGGUCGUCCUGGAACCCAACCUGUCCUCUGCGCGCCACACAACGGUCUGUAUCAAACCGUUCCGCAGCUUCAACGGCGCCAGCGUCUACAUCGAGCGGGCUGGGGAACUGGACCUGUUGAUGACGGAUGGAGGGCGGCCGGAGCAGGUGUUCUGUUUCCCGGCGGACGGACCUCAGAAGCCAGCCAUCUUCCUCCUGGCAAACCCGCAGAGGGAUAUCAGCCAACGCGCAGUAGGCUUCAGAUAUGAGUUGCUGGGCAAUCGGACCACUGCGCCCAACCUCGGCCAAAGUGUAUUGCAGGCUAGCUGCCGUCCCUGCAAUGACACAGAGCUCCUCCUGGCCAUCUGCAGCAGUGACUUUGUGUGCUGGCAAUCGGACCACUGCGCCCAACCUCGCCAAAGUGUAUUGCAGGCUAGCUGCCGUCCCUGCAAUGACACAGAGCUCCUCCUGGCCAUCUGCAGCAGUGACUUUGUGGUUCGCGGCUCCAUCAGGAGCGUAUCCCACAAUGCUGAGCGGCAGACAUCGUUGGUGGAGGUCUCAGAGGGGAGGGUGUACCGGCAGCGUAGCGGGGUGUUUGAGCGCCACACUGGCACCAUAGGGGUUCCCGGUUCCAGUUCCUCAUGGCACGGUCACAUCCACACACUGUUACAGUGUCACGUAAAGCCUGGGGGCGGAGAGUUCCUAUUCACAGGGACAGAACACUUUGGGGAGGCCUGGCUGGGUUGUGCCCCCCGCUAUAAAGACUUCAUGUCCCUCUACCAAUCAGCUUGGGCGGCUCGCCAGAACCCCUGUGAGUUCCCGCUGGACUGAGGGUGUGUCCCAUUUCCUAGUGGUGAUCCAUGAGCCCUUUGACCUGUAGGUAGGGUUUAUUUUCUUAAAUGGAACACAUUGAGUCUCUUCUUUCUACCCCAGUUGGCGUGGUAGAGAUUAUGUUGRCGUAGCAGCAAGCGAGCGAGAUGAGUUCCUCACGACCACAGCGGUUUGAGAGAUGUUGUCCCUUCUACUCCUCCUGAUUCUAUACCGCUCACAACACCAGCAGGGACAAAUCUGUUGGAGCACUUGUAGAGCACAAGGAGUACAAGGCCCAGGGCAGGGGCCCACAGGGGACCCAUCCAGGCAGCACUAGAGGGGCCCCUGCCGGCCCCAGCAGGGAAAGGCUUAGAGAGCCUGGCCCUUUGUCUCUCUUCUCAACGCCCACAGCUCCCAGAGACUAAAAAUGGUUAGACUGCUGCUUCACGCUUUGUCUCUCCCCACACCAACUGCUGCUCACUUCAGGGUCUCGGCGUGAGAGGUGUCCUCUGAACUACUGUGGCAGGAAAUCAUAUGAAUUUAAUGUCUGAUUGUUGUUAGAGGUUUUAUGUGGUCUUGUUUAUUCCUUUGUACAAUAGGUUUUGAAAUAUGUUAUUGUAAUGUAAAUUAAAUGUUGUGUAAAUUCACAGGAUUUGAUUAUUUACAUAUUGAUUGUAUCAUUCUGGUUUUAUUACAGGGUAUAGAUGAUGCUACAGUGAAGGUGCAAACCCUCAGUUUGAUUACCAUUUAUUGCCAAAUAUAUAAGCAAUGU